AUGGCUGAGAAACUUGUAAUUAUUGAAAACUUCCUGAGCUGCCAUGUGUGCUCAGAGACUUUCAGAGAUCCUGUGUCUCUGAGCUGCAGCCACAGCUUCUGUUCAAGCUGCCUGCAGAAAUUCUGGGAACAAGAUAAAAACAAAAACUGUCCCAUUUGUAAAAGAAGAUCCUCAAAGGAUGAACCAUCCAUAAAUCUUUCUCUCAAAGAACUUGCUGACUCCUUUGCUAAGAGGCAGAGUGAUAGCUCACCUGAAGAGAAGCAGAGGGAGGAGGUGGUGUGUGAGAAACAUCCAGAAGUUCCUUACUGGUUCUGUGUGGAUGAAGAUAGAGCUGUGUGUCCUGUGUGUGAGUUUUCUCUCCAUCAUGGUCACAAAGUGGUUCCUGUAGAAGAAGCAGUCAGUGACCUGAAGGAGCAGCUGAAAUCUGCCUUAAAGUCUCUGCAGGACAAGUGGAACAAAUACAAACAAGUGGAGCAAACCUACAAUGAAGUGAUUGAACACUCCAAGAAGCAGCUGUUGUCCACAGAGAGGCAGAUCAGAGCAGAGUUCAACAACCUCCACCAGUUCCUGAGAGAGGAAGAGGAGUCCAGACUGGCAGCUCUGAGGGAGGAAGAGGAGCAGAAGGGGAGGACUAUCAGCAGAGAGAUGAAGAUGAUUGAGGAGCAGAUCUCCUCUCUGUCAGACAGCAUCUCUGCUGUUGAAGAAGAGCUGCAGAAACACAGCGUGCCAUUCCUCAGCAGUUAUAAAGCCACUCAGAGCAGAGCCCAGAGCUCACUGCCAGAUCCACAGCUGCUCUCAGGAGCACUGAUAGAUGUGGCCAAACACCUGGGCAACCUGUCCUUCAGAGUGUGGGAGAAGAUCAAGGAGAAGCUCCACUUCAGUCCUGUCAUUCUGGACCCAAACACUGCAAACCCCUGGCUCUGUCUGUCUGAUGAUCUGACCAGUGUGAGACAUGAAGACACAAAGCAGCAGCUUCCUGACAAUCCAGAGAGAAACACUAAGUAUGCCCAUGUUUUUGGCUCUGAGGGCUUCAGCUCAGGGAAACACAGCUGGGAGGUGGAGGUAGGAGACCAUCCUGGCUGGACUGUGGGUUUAGUUAAAAAGUCAGCUGACAGGAAAGGAGAGGUUUUUGCUUUACCAAAAUAUGGAUUCUGGUGUCUAACACAUCGCAGUGGAAAAUACACUAACGUUAGUGGUCAGACUGUGAGAGUGAGGAAGAGUCUCCAGAGGAUCAGAGUCCAGCUGGACUAUGACAGGGGGGAGGUGUCCUUCUACAACCCUGAAGACAUGACUCUCAUCUGCACUCACAGACACACUUUCACUGAGAAACUCUUCCCAUUUUUUAAUAUUGGAAAAUCAGGAGACGCCAAAACCUGUGAUAUCAAAAUCUGUCAGACUGAGAUUUCAUUGAAACCUUUGAGCUGA